GAAGAAACGGGACGAAGCUCUUAAAUAGCAGAAUACUCAGGGUGAUCGGGAGAGCUUGGUGAUUGCUCCAGCCCCAGACUUCUGUUCAAGAAUCAGAGAAAAGUACCUGAGUUCAUUGGCCCCAGGUUCCUCCUCAGCGUGGGUCCAGACAGAGGGAGACCCAUGACUGCCAUGUUCAGAGCUGCGUCUCAGGCCUUUAGGGGUCUUCAUCGCUCCUCGGUGCCUCUCUCAGCAAGAAUGAGCAGCAACAGGGCAGACAGGAGAUGUGCCCUGGCUGAGAAAGUGGCUGUGAUCACUGGGUCCACAAAGGGGAUUGGCUUCGCCAUCGCCCGGCGCCUGGCCGAGGACGGGGCCCAUGUGGUCAUCAGCAGCCGGAAGCAGCAGAACGUGGACAGGGCAGUGGCCGAGCUGCAGGGGGAGGGGCUGAGUGUGACGGGCACCGUGUGCCACGUGGGGAAGGCCGAGGACCGGGAGCGCCUGGUGGCCACGGCCCUGGAACAUUGUGGGGGCGUCGACUUCCUGGUGUGCGUGGCAGGGGUCAACCCUUUGGUGGGGAGCACUCUGGGGGCCAGUGAGCAGGUGUGGGACAAGAUCCUGGACGUGAAUGUGAAGUCCCCGGCCCUGCUGCUGAGCCAGCUGCUGCCCCACAUGGAGAAGAGGGGGACAGGCGCCGUGGUUCUGGUCUCAUCUAUGGUGGCCUAUGUGCCAAUACCAAAGCUGGGAGUAUACAACACCAGCAAAACGGCACUGUUGGGUCUCUGUAAGUCUCUGGCUGUGGAGCUGGCCCCAAAAGGCAUCCGAGUGAACUGCUUGGUGCCAGGAAUAAUCAAGACUGAAUUUAGCCAAGUGGAGAAAACGUUGCCGCGCUUGCUACCUGACUUCAAUGACAUCUAUGGAUUACAGCGCUUUGGGGAGCCCGAAGAAUGUGCAGGGAUCGUGUCCUUCCUGUGCUCUCCAGACGCCAGCUACAUCACCGGCGAGAACAUCGUGGUCGCUGGCUACUCUCCCAAGCUGUGAAGCAGACUGGUCAGAGAGUGGGGCCAUGGUCUUUGGUGUGCAACUGGGGGCUUGGUGGAGAAUAUGGAGAUGGGGAGCCUUAGGGUCCAGAAUCAUACAGGGAAUCUUGCUCAGGAAAUGAGAAAGAAAGCAAGAUGUUUGAAAUUUCUCAUUUGGAAAUAAACAUGUUCGGAACCUCGCCAUCUGGGGUCAUCCUUCUCUGGUAGUGAUAUUUGAGCAGUUCCCUUGACCUGGAAGCCCCAUCCCUAGAUUAGUCCCUUCCCUUAUCAUCCCUCAGGCUUUACCUCCUCCUCCCUCCCUUCCACCCUUCCAAAUGAAACUGGAAAUUGAGCACGAUACUUUCUAUCUGCUCCUGUUUUUGUCUGUUUAUCUUUCAGGUUCAAAUAGAACCUUCUCUGAGAUACCUUCCCUUGACCACCUGUGUAAUGUUGCUCCCACCUGUCCCACUUUCCAUGACAGACAUUGUCUGCAUUGUUUUCUUCACAGCAUUUUUAA